AUGCCCUGGAAUCUCAUUUACGAUUAUUUUCCGACUACUUGCGAACAACCAGUUCCGGAAGGAAACAAGAUGGCUGCUCCCCUCUUUAUGGGAUUUGAUUUAAGUACGCAGCAGUUGAAAGCACUAGUUAUCGACAAAGAUCUUAAAGUUGUGACAGAGGCUUCUGUGCACUUCGAUAACGAUUUUCCGGAAUUUAAAACGCAGGGCGGCGUUCAUCAACACAAAGAUAAGCUAACUGUUACAGCGCCAACGUUAUUGUGGGUGAAAGCGUUUGACCUUGUUUUAAAAAGACUGAAAGAAAAUGGUCUGGAAUUCGGAGCUAUUGCUUGUGUUUCUGGAACAGGACAACAACAUGGCAGUGUUUAUUGGAAAAAUGGAGCAAGAGAGACAUUGAAAAACUUGCAAAGUGGAAAAUCUCUAUAUGACCAAUUCCAGGUACAGGGUGUGCACCUAUGUAUGGUUGGAGCACUCACUUUAUUCUGUUCCUUCCGAACAUUGCCCCUUUUUUUAAUUUUGAUAAAUUAAAUAGUGAUGGUUGUGACAAAUCUGUGAGAUAUGCUGCACUGUUGUGGUGGUUGGAGGGCUGGAUUCCUCAAUAAAAGGACUGAGUUUAUGCUCAGGGCGGAUCAUUGAGUUAAAUGUUGGGGCAAGACACUUAACUCUCACAGUGGCUUUGUCCACCUGGAAGUUUGUUGGAUAGCAGAGGACUUCUUCCUUUAAUGGGAUGCAAGUUCAUUACAGGGUUAAAUGGUCCCGAUUCAAUAAGUCACUCACUUAUUCACUCAUUUACUCUCUCACUCACUAUCAUUAUGAGUACCCACUGGAAUGCAAGAUGGUGGCAAAGGUAUUCCACUGUUAUAAGCCUCAGCCAGUUUUUGGAUUAUGUCCAUGGAGUGGUUUAAGUCUCCUUUUUCAGUUUCUCCAAUAGAAUACUGCCUUAUGUUCUCAGGCUUACAAUGCAUGUGCCUGUCUUCAGGUGCCCAGAGUAUUGUUGUUGAACUGAUCACUGAAUCAUUUUCCUUUGUGAAUUGAGAAAGCCAAUCCUGUCACCUUAAAGGUCUUCUUAUGAUGAUGGUUCUCAUGUUCUGAGGGCUUUUUAAAUACUUAAGCUGAAAGUGUGACAUAAGUUGAAAGCAAUACACCUAGCUAAUUUAUUUUGUAACGGAUGUUUAUUUUAUUUGUAGGUAAUUAUGUUUCCCUCUAAAUUUCACCACUAAGAGGAAACAGUAUUAUUGUUGCCAUAUUCUAGUGUCUGUUUGUAUAGUUAACUUUGUUAAUUGUCAUUGCUUGUCUAGAAAUGUGCAAAGUUUUGAUUAAAAAUGCAGAUGUUUGACUGCAUGCUGCCAGUAGCAUUAAGUCAAAGCAUCAAGAGUCAUAUGGUACCUCCCUACACAAUCCUGAGGAAAAAAAUUGAUUAUUAUUUGUCUGAGACAUCAUACACUUAAAGUGUUUUCUUUUCUCAUCAAAUUUCAAUUUCUAGGAUUCAUUUGCUAUCAAGGACUCUCCCAUAUGGAUGGAUUCAAGUACAGGAAAACAAUGCCGAAAUUUAGAGGAUGCAGUUGGUGGCCCACAAAGACUUAGUGAUAUUACAGGCUCAAGGGCUUAUGAACGCUUCACAGGAAAUCAAAUUGCCAAGAUAUAUGAGUUGGAACCUGAUGCAUACAACAUGUGUGAGAGGAUUUCCCUGGUUAGCAGCUUUGCUGCUAGUCUUUUGAUUGGUGACUAUGCACCAAUUGAUUUUAGUGAUGGAUCUGGAAUGAAUCUGAUGAAUAUUCACAGUAAAACUUGGGAAGACAAGUGCCUAGAGGUUUGUUGAUCAUUCCAGUUAAAACUUUCUAAGUUACAAUCAUAAAGAAUACCAACUCUGAUAUUAUUUAAGUCAGCUUUAGAUGAUAGACCUCACAAUAAGACUCAGGCAAUAUAUUUGUAUUGUUUAUCUUUGAAAUCUGAUGAGUUAUUGAUUUAUUGAGCUAUUAAAAUUAACAAUGUAUUUGGCUGCUUGUUUACACAACCAACUACCUUCUGGUAGAGUUAAAAUGAUGUUAUGGGGCAUAUGCAUGGCGUGAAAUGGUGCCUACUACAGGUGCCAAUGUUUCACUUUGGUGAUCAAAUCCUGAAAAUUAGUCAUCAAAUUGGCAACCAGAAUGUUUCAUCAUAACCCUACUUAAAGAUACAGUGAAUUAAAUAGAUUUGGGUAAAAUUUCCACACAGCCCUGCACUACAUUAAUAUGCAUUCAGUUCUUUAAUAGAGAGAACAAUUAAAAAAACAAUACAUUGCCAUUGGGAGAACAAAUUUGUUUUACAAUAGUAUGGGGCGGUACGGAAAUUUUACCAAGAUUUGCAAAGAUAGAUCUGUGGCAAACUUCCUUGUUAAGUUUGUUUCCAAAAUGUAGCACAUGCAUUUUGAUCAAUAACUAGAUGCCAUCUUGGAUUUAGGUGAGCUUGAGCAUUGUAUAUCUUCCAUUCUAGUGUCCACUUUGUUGCAGGUUAAAGAUCUUUUUACUAACUUAAUUUUGGAGGGUCUAUCUAGAAUGCUGACAGCAUUAAAAAAAACAGUUUUGUUUGUCUUUGAAAAUGGCAACCAACUUUUUUCGAAUUGACUACCGCUUUGAAGAAUUUGGGAGCUAAGUGGCUAUCAGAAAAAAAAAUUAAUUUCAUGCCCUGAUAUGUCUAGUAAAUUUGAGGGUUGACAGACAAAAGCUUGGACUGGUCACACACCCUGGUUGUCAUUGUCUGAUACAAUGAAAACUAUAAUUUGAGAACUAUAAAUGGAGCAUUAACAGUAGGUUUAACAGAGCACAGUUUAUUUUUUGAGUUACCAAGCAUUUAGAGCCUGUACAUGGAAAUAAGUGAAAAAGCAUAAUGUAGAACAACUUUACCACCCUUUGGAGGUGCACCAGUUUACAAAUUGCACUAGGCAACAAUUCACGAAGCCUGUGAUUGUCGUUUUCGAUAAUGUCUCUUUAGCAACAUUAUCGAAAACGACAAUCACAGGCUUCGUGAAUUGUUGCCUAGUGCCAACCAUCCAAAGCACAAUUUAAGACGUAACAGGCGUUUUGAAAUCCCCCGGUGGAGGACAAACCGGUUUAAAAACACCUUCAUGAUGGCCUCCACCAUUAAAUAUAACAACAACAGUUAAUUAAUGAUCGUUUCCUAGAAACCUAUGUAGAUAAUGUAAAUAUAGCUUUUAAAUAUAGAUAGGUUUUAGCUCAUAGAUUUUUUAAUUGUUUAUAAUUUUGAAUAUUCUUAUAUAUAAGAAUAUAUAGUUAUAUAAUAUAUUUAUUUAAUUACAUUAUUGUAAUAUACGCAAUUCAGCCGCAAGGCUGCUAGGUAUAUUUAAAUAAACUAUCUAUCUAUCUAAAUUCUUAGUUUCAUCUAGAUUCACUCACCAUAAGUGCUAACCAAGCAGCCUUACACCAGUUUUUCCCUUGGUUUCCAUUUUAGUUUACCACUCUUUGACCUGACAAAUGAAAAAGAGUUAAGGACAAAUUUUGGAGAAAUAUAGGAUAGUUGCUUGAUGAGCAUCAAAUUCAAAUUCCAUAUAGUGGGUAGUGAUGACAAUUUUGUAAUCCAACCAGAUUUGCUUUGGUUCAUGGUUCAGUUGUACCCAAUGUAACUUCAAAUUGUAGAAGAUUGAAACAGACUUUGGAAAUUGCAAUUGAUCAAUGUGGAAUCUUUGUCCAAUUUUUUUGUUAUUUUUGGACAGGCAUGUGCACCAAAUUUGAGGGAGAAGCUUGGGGACUUGGUACCUUCCUAUGAAAUAAUUGGCCAUAUAUCACAGUACAUGGUGCAAGAAUAUGGAUUCAGUCCUGAUUGUAAGGUUGUGGCAUUCACAGGUGACAAUCCUGCUUCUUUAGCGGGGAUGAGGCUCGACAAAGGGGACAUUGCAUUGAGUCUGGGUACCAGUGACACACUCAUGCUAUGUUUCAAAACUCCCAAGCCUGCCCUAGAGGGGCAUAUAUUUGUCAAUCCAAUUGAAGGUAUUGUAUAUUUGAUUUAGUUUGCAUUCAAUGUUUCAUAUUGAAAGCUUUUUGUAAGGAUUUCCAAAAAUGUAUGUGUCCUUCUCAAGCAAUAGAGGAGAUGUAAACAAAUAGUAACUUAAUUAACGAAUCGCUAUCCCUCUCCUUAUGAAGCUUCAUUGGUCACCCAUUCACAUAGGGAUUAAUUUCAAAAUAGUGCUUUUAAAAUAUAAGGCCAUAUGUGGCUUGGUACAGUCCUACAUAACUGAUCUUACCUCUACUAUAUGUAUGGGACAAGUUAUUCUUUGUGAUCCACCAAAGAAAGUCACUGAAAUAAUCCAUUAUGUAAGUCUUAUGCAAAAAUUGGUGAUUAUUUACUCUUUUAGCAUGGCCGCACCAAAAGUUUGGAACUCACCUCCAACUGAAAUAAAAUAAGCCUCUACUUUUGGCAAUUUUAAAUGUUUGCCUUAGACCCAUGAUUUCAAAUUAGUGCUUUCCUGAUGUCUGUAAAAUUUUAAAUAGUAUUUUUUCUUAUGGUAUCAGCAAUUUUUAAGCCAUAUCAGUUUUUACAUGAUUUUAGUCUUAACUUCUGUUUUAUAGCAUUUCAUUUGUAUAAUUUUUCAGUGAUUCUAGGUUUUUUUAUCAUAUUUUAUUUGCUUAGUUUAUUAUGGUUGUUUUAUAUUUUUUGCACACAUGAUCAUUAUGUCAUGUAGCAUGUACUAUAUAAGUUUAUCAAUUAUUGUUAUUACUUUCAUUUACAACAAAUAAAGACAAAUACUGGAUUGUUUGUGUAACAAACAUCCCAUGGUAGAUAAUGUGACUUAUAUCAUUUAUCCUGCAAGAAAUGGCCAACUCUAAUUUUACUUAUGACUUUUUUACUUGCAACUGUUAGUAACACUGUCAAAAGUUUUUGUAGAAUGAAAGCAAAACUACUAAAUCAUUUUUAUCAUCUGUAUUUCUUUCCCAGCAAGGCAACAGUGUGAAAAUCUGAAAAUAUAUUUUUCUUCCUUGUAGAAAAUGCCUACAUGGCUCUUCUCUGUUUCAAGAAUGGGUCCUUGACAAGAGAGUCCAUACGAGACUCUUCAGCAGACAACUCCUGGGAAAUUUUCAAUAAAGCUUUGAAGAACACUGAUCGUGGCAAUAAAGGAAACAUUGGCAUCUAUUUUGCAGCCACAGAAAUAACACCUUUUGCUGUUGGAAUUCAUCGUUUUAAUGAUAAGGGGGAAAGAGUUGAUUCAUUUUCAAAAGAAAUAGAAGUGAGAGCACUUGUUGAGGGACAGAUCAUGGCUAAGAGAGCUCAUGCAGAAGCCCUAGGGUACUCAUUAGGUAAAUAGUAUGAUCCCAGAUUAUCAUUGUGUUCCUUAAUAUUCUUAUUUAGUAAAAUAAUUAUUAUUGCUCUGUAUUCUUGUUUGUUUUUAACCCUGCAACUCCUAGAAGUGAUUAACAUGUAACUUAUCUUGGCCUGUAAUAUCCAUACUUAAUCCAGCAAAGAGGUUAUGAGAAUACUCAAAAUUUUAAGACAGAAGUUGUUAUCUUGAUUUAACACCAAAUUCCUUGUUCAACUAAUGUGUAUUUUGAGUAGCACAACUGCAAUAAAGCUAGUCAAAUGAAAAGUAGUCAAAGUGGAAAAUUUGAAGCUGAGCUUGAGUCAAUUGGAGAGUGCUUAAUAAAAUAAGGCUGUUUUGAUUAUCUUCUGGGGAAUAUACCAAACUAACCCCUACACAGCAAGGCUAUAAUUUCGUUAUUAUUCUGUUGUUAGGUUCAACUACACGCAUACUUGCAACAGGAGGUGCAUCAUCAAAUCUUGCCAUACUUCAAGUAAUAGCUGAUGUGUUUUAUGCUCCUGUCUUUGCCAUCCAAGAUACAGCCAAUUCAGCUUGUCUGGGUUGUGCAUACCGUGCUAAGCAUGGCUGGGAGUGUAGUAAUGGCAGGUCUUUCAUGGAUGUGGUUAGUGGAGCACCACCUUAUAUAAAAGUAGCAGAGCCCUCAUGUGAUGCUCAGAACAUCUACAACCUACUGACAGCCAGGUACAAGGAGUUGGAAGACAAUAUUGUGGACAGUUCUCAUCAUCAAGUGAAGAAGCCAAGGGUGUAAACCUCACCUAAUGUUCAAGUCUUUGCCAAGCAUUUGGCAAUCAGUCAAAAAUCAAAAUCUGGAAGUCACAAAGCAAUCUGAUGUUAUCAAUACAUUAAUACAAUAUCAGCAGUGAUAAGAAUGAAGAAAAGUAUGGAUUAGUAGUUGUUCCAAUACCUAAUUCUCAGAACUAAUAUCACAAGAAUUGUAAGGCAGACUGUAAAGAGAAUUGCUUAAAUAAAUGAGAUAAGGGGAGGAAAGGUUUCAUAGAAUAUUAUUUGCAGCAAACACAGGUUUAAUUAUAGGCAAUAGUCCAUUUUACAGUUGCAUGCUUAGUUGCCAGGCCUUUGAACUAGAGUGAGGCUAAGAGUGACCUUGUUAAGAUACAAACCUUGCUGCUUUUCAAAUGUAAAUUACUUUAUUAUUAUGCUAACUAGAUACUGGUCUUUAUUACAACAAGGUCACUUUCAGCCUCACUCCAAAUUAAAGGCUUGACAAUUAAGUACAUAACUGUGAAAAGGCUUAUUAUGUCUAGCAUAUGCAAUGGAAAAUAAGCCUAAAAGUUUUUAAUCAAUAUUUUUUUAGAUUAUGUAUGUGUAGUUGUAAAUUAAAUUGAGAUCAUAAAGGCUACUUCUGGUGACAAUUUGUUCAGAAACAUAUCUUCCACAGUCAGGUAUAACAUCAAAGGACAUUAUUGUGUUAUGAAAACACAGUCUUUUUUUUUCUUUUUUUGCAUCACACCUGCAGUAAGCCAGUUUUUUGACUGUUUGAAAUUUUGAAGCAAGAAGGAGUAAAAAAGGCAAGAAGCUAUUAAGCUUGGAAAACAUUCAAACAGAUUUCUUUGAAAAAAAGGGGCGAAAAAACUGACAUCUCUGCUUCUUGUUGUUCAAACUAAUUGCCAUGAGUUUCUGAUGUUUUAUUCUUUCUCUUGGCCUCACUGUCAUUACCUUUCUGCUUAGUGAAUGAAUUGUGUUGAAAGAAGAAAUUUCUUUUUGAUUAAUUUUAAGAGUAAAAGGGUAAAUAUUUUUGGAGGGAAAUGAUAUGCAGAAGCCUAAUACAUAAUUUUCAGUUUAAAAGUACACAUGGUUAUUCUGUAACACAUUUGGAUGAAAUUAAAGAAAGGAUUGGUUUUUCAGACAGAGUUUGUACAGGUAGAUUUCAUAUAUGUCUCUGAUUA